CACUCAGGUUGGUUACGGCAAAAAGCCUCUCUAACAAAAACCGUUUUGUUUCAUUUCUUUUCAAUUUUCCCACCUCCAUUGAUGUAACCAUUGAUCCUUCUUCUUCUUCUUCUUCUUCUUCUUCUUCUCUGCAAUGGACGUCGACGGCAAAUCCAUCGACCGUUGCAGUUCCAGAAAACUCCAAAUCAAUAACAACAGCGUUGUUGGAACCGACUUCUUAGAGACUAACAAGGCGGACAGAGCAAUGUGGCUCUUGAAAUGCCCGCAAGUUGUAACUCGUGCUCUUUCUAAUUCGCCCGAUGGCCCUUCCCGUCCGGUCGCUAAGGUCAUCGUUUCUGUUGACCCACUGCAAUCGAAUGACGAUGAUGAUUCUUCCUCUACUGAGUUCACUAUGGAAUUGGCUGGCACUGACUCUGGAAAUACAUUAAGGUCAUACUCCUUGAAUAUGUCCACGGACUUCAUUCCAAUGUCUGUAUUUUCCGAGUCAUCACAAGGGAAGUUUACAGUCGAAGGGAAAAUACUAAACAAAUUUGACAUGAAGCCACAUGAUCAGAAUCUUGAGAGGUAUGGAAAACUCUGUCGUGAAAGAACUCACAAGUCUAUGACCAAAAGCAGACAGAUUCAGGUGAUUGAUCAUGUCACAGGAGGACAUAUGAGGCCUAUGCCAGGGAUGGACGUGUUAUCGUUUGGAGCUGCAGAGAAGAAGAAAGUGGUGAGCAAGGGAUCGGAAACAAAGAGGUUGAGAAAGGAGCGUGGUGAAUUGGAGAAGAUUAUUUUUAGGCUUUUUGAAAGACAGUCAUAUUGGACGUCAAAACAAUUGAUUCAAGAGACUGACCAACCUGAACAAUAUAUGAAGGAAAUACUUAAAGACCUUUGUGUCUACAACAACAAGGGUGUUCAUCAAGGAACAUAUGAGCUGAAGCCAGAGUACAAGGAAUCAGGCGAGGAAGCGAAACCAUGAUAGGUGAGGUAUGUUCCAAAGAACUGAGAAAUGACUUUGGUUUUGGUAUUUGACUAAACAUUUACUGGAAGAUUUGUGUGUGGAGGGGAGGGGGCCGCUCUUUUCUUUGGCUUUUAAGUUUAGGCUUAGAGGAUUUCCCCAUUCUCAACUCAUCAGUAACCACUGAAAUUUUGUAGAAAUGUGAACCGAUCAUCGGCUUCCUCCCGACGGUAUAUUGUACAUAGUGAUCACAGUUGGUUGCUGCUUUUGAUCGUAAUUUCUGUUGAAAGUUAUUUUGUAAUUUGUAAUUAUUGAUUGCUUAAAGUUGAACUCAUGGAUAUCCACAUCAGAUAUACCAUAGGAAGGUUCUCAUGUU